UGCAACUUGUUUGUCCUUUGCUCUGACAUUCUACAGACAUCCCUGUUCCUGCUCUUACAGGCAGCAGUCUUUUUUGGGGCUUGUAAUAGGAGUUAAAAGUAUCUCUCAGUCUCCUUCAUGAAUUUUCUGGCCCUGUUCCUUUACUAGCAGCACUUGGUCAUUCACACCCCUGUAAGAAACUGCCAUUUCUGUACCUUUUGCUUCAUGCAGGGUGGAGUUUUCUAGUUUAAGGCUGGUCAAAGUAGGCGGGCAGUGUAGAGCGGUCAGUCUUAGAGCUGGGAUGUACACAAAGAGGACAGGAAGGGACAGGCACAGGUGUAGGUAGGACCUAAGUACACGUGCAUAUGAGACUCCAACAUGAAGGCAGAGCGCCUGUACAUGAAUGCACAGCUGUUCGUGUGACUGCCUGGAGGCGUGUGUACCACAGCAGCGAACGUGUGUGAGGGCAACUUUGCUUGAAUCAGGUCUCGUGGUGCUUCACAAGGACUUGUUAAGGUCCCUUGCAAUCAUGGUGAAGUCUAGAAGAGUGCAGGUGCUCCUGAUUCUGGUAGUUCUGUCCUUCCUUUUUAUCCACUUCCUACCCUGCAGCAACAAUGCCUAUAUGGAAGAAAAACCUUCUCCUGUUCACAUCCUCAUUCUCUCCUCCUGGCGGUCAGGAUCCUCCUUCACUGGACAAAUCUUCAGCCAGCACCCCAGUGUCUUCUACCUGAUGGAGCCUGCAUGGCAUGUUUGGGUUAAGAUGUACCAGAACAGUGCCAAAGUCUUACAUAUGGCAGUGCGGGACUUAGUCAGGUCGGUCUUUCUGUGUGACAUGUCUGUGUUUGAUGCUUACAUGUCUAGCCAGAAGAAAAAGUCCGAUUUAUUUCAGUGGGAGACAAGCCGAGCCUUGUGCUCCCCACCUGCCUGUGACUCAUUCAGUCGCAGUGACAUAAUCACUGCAGGCAAUUGCAAAACCAUCUGCGGCAAGUACCCAUUCAGCAAGGUGGAGGAAGCUUGUAAAACCUAUAGCCAUGUUGCCAUCAAGGAAGUUAGGUUCUUUGACCUGAAAGUUCUCUAUCCCCUUCUCACUGAUCCAUCCCUGAACCUCAAAAUCAUUCACUUGGUACGUGAUCCUCGGGCUGUGUUCAGGUCCCGAGAGAAUACAAUGGCAGACCUGAAACGUGACAGUAACAUUGUUGUGGGGUCUCAGAAGACAAAGGGAGAAAUGGGGCCCUACAACACAAUGCAGGUAAUCUGCAAAAGCCACGUUGAGAUAUACAAGGCAGGAAGUCAGGCCGCUCCAAGCUUCCUGAAAGACCGGUAUCUGCUGGUUCGCUAUGAAGACAUUGUCAGAGACCCGCUAGCAAGGGCUGCUCAGAUGUACAGGUUUGCAAAACUCCAUUUCACACCAGAGCUUCAGAAGUGGGUCCACAACAUCACCCAUGGAAAGGGUCAUGGAGCACAGGCCUUUGAUAUUGGGUCAAGAGAUGCACUGAGAGUAUCCCAGGCAUGGAGAAAGACACUUUCCUUCCAGAAAAUAGAAAAAGUGCAAAAUGUAUGCAAAGAGGCAAUGGAUUUGCUGGGCUACCGGCUUGUUCAGUCUGAAGAAGAGCAGAAAAAUAUGUCUCUGGAUCUUCUGUUUGCCCAGAACUCCUCUGAGUAUCAAAUUUUGAAGGCAGAAAAGCUGGUCUCUGCACCUACUCUCUGAAGGCUGCGGAGUGCUGAACUAUUCACUAGAGCCAAAGAGGACAGAGGUGCAGGCAUAGAAGUGUAGGAGCAUGCAUGGAUGUGCAUGGAUGCAAGAACAAGUGGUACAAGAACCCUGACUACAUUCAGGAGAGCUAUCAGCAGCACAGGGUCACUCUCUAAGACACAUGGAGAUACAGCCACAAUGGAGGCUAAAGUAAUGCGAGUUUGUUUUCCAAAUUAAUUAUGUUUAGGUUGGAGCAUACAGAAUGCCAAAUGAGUAGGACCAGAUAGCAGAAGCUCAAAGCCCCCACAGACCACAGCUGAAGAUGAGGGAAACCACAUGGAGCAAUUGCACUGCAAAGGAAGAGCAAAUGUAAAAGGAAGUUGAACAAAGAAAACAUUGCUUGACAUGCUGCCACAGAGGAUAUGUAGUGCCAGAAAAGAUGCAAGGAUGACUAGACAUUUGGUUUCUGGAAAGAUGCUGGACUUUGUUUUGGGGUUUUUUUUGUUUUGUGGGUUUUUGGGUUUUGGUUUUGUUUUUUUUUUUUUCAUGGUUGCGUUUUCAAGGCCAGUUUUCCUUUUUUUCCAUUUGUGUGCCUAAGUAUCCAGCCUUGGUGGCAAAGGUGGGGAAAUGUUCAUGUUCACUUACUGUAUAAUGGGAAAAUGGAAUAAACCAGCUAUUGCUGA